CAAACCCUGUGGUGUCCACUCCCAAAUCCACAUCACCUUCUCUCCACCAGCACCACCAGCUCCAUACUGCUCACUGCUUCACUCCUUCACUCCUUCACCUACAUCCCAGUGACUCCGGGUGCACCACACGACUCAUCAGGAUCACCCCCUGCAGCAGCUGGUUUUGUGUCUCUUGUUCUGUGGAUCUGAAAGCAUCAUGGCAGCGCUGGGAAAACGCGGUACCAUCUCUCAGGCUUCAGACUUCGACGCUGAAGUGGACGCAGAGAAGCUGAGAGCCGCCAUGAAGGGCACAGGUACUGAUGAAGCAGCGAUUAUUUCUAUUCUCACUAAACGUACGGUCGCACAGAGGCAGGAGAUCAGAGACGCUUAUAAAACAUCUGUCGGGAAGGAUCUCCUGGACGACAUUAAGUCGGAGCUGACGGGUAAUUUUGAGAAGGUGGUGUGCGCAAUGAUGAUGACCGCGCCCGCUUAUGACGCCUACGAACUAAGAAGUGCCAUCAAGGGAGCUGGAACUGAUGAAGCCUGUCUGAUCGAGAUUUUGGCCUCCAGGACCAACGCGGAAAUUAAAGCGUUUACUGCCGUCUACAAACAAGAGUACGGGCGUGACCUGGAGGAUGACAUCUCUGGAGACACGUCUGGCAUGUUCCGGAGGGUCCUGGUGUCUCUGGCUACGGCUGGGAGAGACGAGAGCACCGCCGUGGAUGAAGCUCUGGCUAAACAGGAUGCCAAGGAGAUCUUCGACGCAGGCGAGGCGCGCUGGGGAACGGAUGAAGUGAAGUUUCUGACCAUCCUGUGUGUGAGGAACAGGAACCAGCUCGUUAGAAUGUUUCAGGAGUACAAUCAGAUUUCGGGCCGGGACAUCGAGGACAGCAUUAAGAGAGAAAUGUCCGGCUCCCUGGAGGACGUCUUCCUCGCUAUAGUGAAGAGCAUCAGGAGCAAGCCGGCCUUCUUCGCCGAGAGACUCUACAAAUCUAUGAAGGGUUUGGGAACUACUGACAGCAUUCUGAUCAGGGUGAUGGUUUCCCGUUCUGAGAUUGACAUGGUGGACAUCAAAGCCGAGUUCCUGAAGCUGUACGGGAAAAGUCUUCACUCCUUCAUUAAGGGCGACACAUCGGGCGAUUACCGUAAGGUCCUGCUGGAGCUGAGUGGAGGAGAGAUCUGAACCGCCACCGCCCUCAUUUAGCAUCUUUAUUAGCAGAUUGUGUGUUUACUUAAUGAGCUAAAUCAACUUUAUUAAACUGUAGUUAAUAUGUGUUUCUUAGUCUAAACAUUUCACUAAAGUGUCCAACAUUUCACUGUGUAUGUGAUGCCAAAUAAAAAUGAAGGGUGUUUUAAACACAAA